AUGAAUUGGAAGGGGCUGCUGGUCACGGCCUCAUUAGCAGCCAUCCUCCCCUUCUCAAGGGCACAGCAGGACACGAAUCCAUGUCGGCAGGUAGCGAAGCAGCAGGUCGACGCUCGGGCUAGCGUCAAGCUGGACUACACCAGCGACCAGAAGUUCCUGGUGAGGUUCGACGGCGCGACGGCAUACAAAUGCAUUACUUCUGUGCCUAUCGACAAUGAUGCCGCCUCCACGAUGAUUGAUGUCCUCAAGAGGUACUUCUCUUUCCAGAGCUCAAUUGCUUACCUCAAGGAUCCUCCCAAGUCAUACCAGCAGCUGGCUGUGGAUGUCAUGGGCCGGUUCGAUGAAAUCAAGACCAAGAUCGGGAACAAGAACUACACCAACCAGUACGAGCUGGAAUUGGAUAUCCGCAGCAUUAUCCGCGAUGCCCACGAUGGCCAUUUUACCUACAGCGCUGGUAUUCUCGGUCUGUUUACCUGGUCGCUCAACGAGUCCAUCAUUUCCGUCUCACCCGACGACCGGGAACUUCCACAGGUUUUCGCCUACUCUGACAUUAUCAACGACAUACAAAACGCGUCCCCAAUUGUCGAAUUCGAUGGCAAGUCCGUCUUUACGUACCUCCAGAAGUACCUUAAAGAGCGCAGUGAUCCAACAACCGUUGUUGAUCCUCAUGCCGCCUGGAACCGAUUGAUGCAGAGCUCUGCCAGUGUCCUUGGCAAAACAGGCCACAAGCCGUCAGCUUCUGUGGCAUUCAAUCACUUUCAGGCCACCCAGGUUUAUAAUGGUCCGUCACUCAGUGGGAAGUUCGCCAACGGGACCACUUUCGAAUGGGCGUACAUGGCCGGGUCCAGCACCAACCUGACCAAAGCCAAAUUUUUCGACGCCGACGCUAUCUAUCAAGGGCGGGUGCUCAAUUCGGAGUAUGACGAUGACGAGUUUGUGGUCAAGGCCAUUGAUGAGAGUUCGAAACCGGUUCAGGCAGCCGAGACCACCUUAUCAGUCUCAGCUACAACAUCCAAUAAGACCUACGUCGGCUACCCUACCAAUCCAAUCGUCACACAGGUCCAAUUCGGGCUCGGUGGUGUUGUAUCUGGUUAUGUCUUGACAAACGACUCGGUUGGUGUCCUCAGUUUACCAGGCUUCCGCAAAGCAGACGGUGCAAGCCUCGCUUCUUACAGAACAGCGGUGUCUGAUUUUAUCACAAAGGCCAAGAAGGCCAGCGUGAAAAAGGUCGUCAUCGAUCUGUCCGGCAAUGGAGGAGGUCAGCUGCCCCUUGCCUUUGACAUCUUCAACAUGUUCUUCCCCUCAACGAAGCCAUCCCACCUAUUCAGAGCUCGCGCCGUGCCCGAGCUGCUCACUUACGGACGUUUCGUGACGGGAAUCACCAUGAACAAGAAUAACCUGUUCAACUCCAGCACUGUCUCUGUAGUCACGGACGAGUACACCAACAACAGAGUUUUCAAUGCCGAUUACUUCCGCAAACCUGGCAAUGCCAAGUGGGCUUCUUUCGAUGAGUUCUAUGGCCCAGUGACGAUCCAUAACGACUCGUUCACAAAUAACGGGCAAUACGAGUAUGACGCUGAUGGCUUCAAUAUUGCCAGACGCGACGACACCUCACCACCAUUCAAGGCCGAAGAUAUCGUCCUGCUCACCGAUGGUGUCUGCGCCUCCACCUGCUUUGUAUUCGCUAGCUUGAUGAAGACCGGUGCCGGUGUGAAGAGCGUUGUCGUCGGCGGGAUCCCGCAAAACAGCCCGAUGCAGAGCACAUCAGGCACUCGAGGCAGCAACGUGCGAGAUCUCUCCUUCGUCAGUGAUUCGACUGAGAUGGUGCGCAAUUUCGCCCGCGGCUUUACCGACAAGCAGAUGAAGGGCCUCAACAUCUCGAGCGAGGAUCUCUCAAACCUGCUUCCGCCUCUGGAUAAGGCGCCAUUUGUUGUCGGCAGCAGUGCCGGUGUUAAUAUUCUCGAUACUGUCCUUCCUAGUAGCCCCGAGACGCCCCGCCAGUUUGUCUAUGAGGCUGCCAACUGCCGUCUGUUCUGGACUCGUGAUAUGGUCCGCGAUAUUACGCGACUAUGGAGUGCUGCCGCCAAGUACGCCAGUGGUGAUGAGUCGGUCUGUGUCUCCGGGUCGGUCGAUGGGCCUGGGUCUCAGGUUAAUGAUACCAUCACUGACAGUCCGGGCUUUUCGUACUCUACAAUAUGGGAGAAUGCGAACCAGACAAAUACCAGCAACGCGGAUGGUUCUCCAAACAAUGGUGGGGGAGAUCAGAACGAAAAAGACGAUGAUUCAGCAGGGCAACUCCUUCAGCUCACUCCAAUCAGCCUCGUUGUCAUGACACUCGCCAUUUUACUGGCUAUUUAA